GACAAUUCGAGUCCUCUGUCGUCAACGGUGCCUCAAUGCCUUGCUAACAUGAUCUCCCAGCGUGCCGUCUGGCGUGCCUCUGGUGGGCUCCGAACCACCGUCACCAUCCUUCGCAGACCACGAUACUACUCAGCCGGCGCGGCAUCUCCAGAGCAGAGCAAGACCGCCCUCUCCCCUCGUUGGCUUUCCGACACCAAAGCCCGCGUAGGAAAAUGUAUUACGUUCGGCAUGCCCAACAGUUUGGUCGACGAGGCCGGGGAGAUCCUCCGCGUUCUGGGCCAUGACUGGCGUGCAAUCGUUGCUGGUAGCGAGGGGUACCUGACCGACCCAAAAAGAGCAGGGCUGCACCGACACAACAUCGUCUGGGGCGAGCAAGAUUCGAUGGGCCACGUAAACAAUGUUAUGUACGUCCGUUAUGCGGAGAGUGGACGGUGUAAUACGAUGCGGAAUUUCGCAAAGUACGUGGAUCCUGGGCAUCGGCAGAAGUGGGAGGACAUGUUGACGAACCGCGGCAUUGGGUUGAUUCUCAAGAGUAUCACAGUGGACUUCAAGUUCCCCAUGACCUGGCCGGAUAGGAUCUCGGUGUACCACAAACUGCGCUCGUGUCCGGACGCGGAGACCACGUCACUGAUGCUCGAUGUCUUGAUUUUGUCGGAAAAUCGCCAGCGUCCGGCGGCACGCUGUCUGGAAGAUGUCGUCGUGUAUGACUAUAAUCUCGGCAAGAAGAGUGCCAUGGAGCCUUUCAUGGUUGAGGAGCUGAAAAAGACAUUCGAACUGCAAGAGGCUGCAAAACGAGAGAAUCAUGCCAAGGUGCAGAGGAUAGAGGAACAGGUCCGUCAUCUGGAGAAGCAAAGUUGGGAUAGACCAGACGCGAAGGAAGACUUGGGCAGUGCUUCAAAGCAUUGAAUCGGCUUGGCUAAACACUAUGGGACAUACCCAAAAAUGCAAGAAUAUAUAUGUGGUCGGCAAAAAGUUGUAUCAACACAAAGACCCCGAAGUGACAAGUUCAGGUCAAACCAGAUGGUCUAGCCGACUGACUACGUUACGACAAUCUGGAAGGCGGCUUGUUUCUAGGCGAGAAUGUCACGAGUUCAAAUCCGCAUCGAGUCACCUUCCACCGAGAUCGACGACAAUGCACAGCCAUGCGAACCCGGCUUGCAUCCUUCCUUCGAGACCGACGACAAUGCAGAGCUGCGAACCCGGCUUGCAUCCUUCUUCCACGACGACAAAAAAGAAUCCCACCGGGGGGUUUCCCUCACCACCAGCGUUAUCAACACGCUGGUGGGAGAGUUUUUGUCAAUUGGGCUAAAUCUUUGUGCGUGCGGCAGAAAGUGUGCGGUGGAUGUUUGAGGACCACAACCUUCAAAGGUGUGGCAAAUGCGCUGGACGCGCGAGGACCGCAAACCCUUCUGAAGGUGCGGCACGUGCCAGACGAUCAUGCUAUAAUUUCCCACUCGGGCGCUGUUCAGUUGCCAGGAAUAUCUCGACGGAGUCAGUGACGACACACGUAAGGCCACGGCGCCUCCGAACAUAACAUCAACGGCGUUGAUCGUCAUAUAUCACCAAGCUUGGGAGGAAGAUAUGUCACAGGGAGCAGUGGCGUUCAUUAAGAAGACGUUUGCCCAAAGUCGCACAGUUUGACCUAAUCAUCCGGCAGCCUCGUCGAAUAAUCUGAAAAUGAGGCUGAUCCGACACAGGGCGACAGGGCAAGAAGGAACCAUCGUCCAGCGAAUUGACCUGAGGCUGCUGCACCUCUUCUAUACAGAAAGUGUGCCCGAUUGUUGUGUCUAUCCUUGUCAUUUUCGCGCGGGUGCUGCUCUGGUGGUGAUGAUGGAGCUGGUGUCUGGACGUGGCAGUGCUUAGCUGAUCACGAAGCUCCACUGAUUUGCCGUUUGGCUGGAGAUUUCCGUGGGCAAGAGCUGUCCAAUUCCUCCGCUAAAACGCAAAGUUCCGUUGCAUCCAAGGCAUCUGAAGGAAGGUGAUGUGGCCACCUUGAGUCCGCGUACUGAGUACUGUGCCACGCCCAUUCCUGUGGUAAAACGUGGGCCACAGUAUGAUAUGUCGUGAUUUAAAAAUGGCAUGAUCUUUGAGAUUAUCGUCUAAGUCGU